AUGGUACCUCCAUCGCCUAAACCACCAUCUUCUCGCCCAUUAGCCAUUACUGGCUUAAGCUGCCGCUUCGCAGGUUCUUCAAGCACACCAUCCAAGCUCUGGACUCUCCUUUCUUCUGGUACAGACGCAUGGUCCCCAAUCCCAGCCACACGCUUCGACGGUGCGUCCUUGUACCACCCUGAGCAGCAGCGACUAGACCGACAUCAUGUACAGGGAGGGUAUUUCCUCGACGAGGACAUCAGCGCAUUCGACGCGCCAUUCUUCGGAGUUGCAACGGAGGCGGCGGAGGCCAUGGAUCCUCAGCUGAGACUCUCGAUGGAAGGAGUAUUCGAAGCAUUCGAAGAUGCCGGCUACACACUCGAACGCAUGGCCGGUUCAAACACCUCGGUCUUUUCAGGCACAUUCGGCCGUGAUUAUAGUGACCGCCUUAUAAAGGACCCCGAAACGCUACCCGCGUCUUACUUCACUGGCAAUGGUGCCGCCAUGUACUCAAAUCGCAUUUCGCACUUCUACGACUUGCGCGGGCCCAGCGUCACUACAGAUACAGGAUGCUCGGGCGGUAUGGCGGCUCUGCACCUCGCGGCGCAGAGUAUCCGCAGUGGAGAGGCGAAAAUUGCGAUUGCAUGUGUCGCCCACCUGUCCAUGAACCCAGACCUAGUGAUCGCACUAUCGAACCUGGGAGUACUGAGCCCGCAGGGAAAAUGUCUACCGUGGGACGAGCGCGCAAAUGGUUAUGGGCGUGGCGAGGGCAUGGCGGUUGUGAUACUGAAAGACCUUGAUGAGGCACUGCGGGAUGGAGAUCAUGUGCAUGCUGUUAUACGAGAGUCUGUGAUGAACCAAGACGGUAAGACAGGGACUAUAACGUCGCCGGCAAUGCGAGCACAGCAGGAGCUAAUCCGGGAUUGCUACCGGCGUGCCGGGCUUAAUCUUGCCGAUACGGCGUAUAUCGAAGCACAUAUGACCGGAACGCCGACUGGGGAUCCGAUCGAGGCAGAGGCGCUGGCGACUACGUUUGGUGCGUCGAGGGCUCCGGGUAGGCCAGUGUACGUAGGGUCUUGUAAGGGAAACCUGGGCCAUACAGAACCCGUAAGCGGGCUGGCAGCGAUCAUUCCUCCGCAUAUCAAUUACGAGAAAACUAACCCGGCGAUACGUCUGGAAGAGUGGAAUCUGAAGUUACCACUUGAGACGACUCCGUGGCCGGCCGGGGCACCAUUACGGGCGUCGGUCAAUAACUUCGGUUAUGGAGGCACGAAUGUCCAUGUCAUUAUGGAGGCAGCGCCGCGAACGGCAGCUCUCUGGACCUCAUCUCAUAUAUCUAAUAUAAACGGACAGAAGGGCACAAGUAAAAGUUCUGUCAGCAAUGGCAUUACAGUCGACAUGAGCGAGGACGCUGAUGUGUCCCAGUCAUACGUAGUUAUACUCAGCGCGCGGCACUCGGCAGGUGUCUCGGAAAUGGCAAAAAAACUUUCCGUCCACCUUAGAGAGUCACUACGGCAGGAUCAUAAUCUAUCCCUUGCUGACGUAGCCUACACUCUUAGCGAACGACGAUCUCGCUUCCAAUGGUCGACGGCAAUUCAGGCAAUGAGUGUCGAACAGUUAGCUGAGAAGCUCGAGGACCAACAAUUCAAGAGCAUUCGUGCCGGUACGCCCCCUCGCAUAGGAUUUGUCUUCAACGGGCAAGGUGGGCAAUGGCCUGGAAUGGGUCGUGAGCUCCUUGCUCGUUAUCCUGUGUUCAGUGAUGCCAUGCGCAAGUGCACGUCAAUUCUCCAGGAGUCACACGGCGCAUCCUGGUCACUCUAUGACGAGCUGUGCCGCAACGCAGAAACGUCCCGUAUUGACGACGCAGAGAUUAGCCAGCCCGCAAACGUCGCGCUACAGAUUUGUUUGGUGGAUCUGCUCAAGUCAUGGGGUAUAGUACCAGCAGCUGUGGCUAGCCAUUCCAGUGGAGAGAUAGCGGCGGCAUAUGCUGUGGGUAUGCUCACUGCUGAAGAAGCGCUGGGCGUGGUUUAUCAUCGCGGCUCGAUCGCAGCCAGACACCGAGAUGAAGGUGGCUUGAAGGGCGGGAUGAUGGCCGCGCGACUAAGCGCCAACGAGGCGGAGGAGUAUAUCAAGGACACAUCGACCGGAAAGAUUGUGGUUGCUUGUGUCAAUAGCCCAGCCAGUGUCACACUCUCCGGCGAUCUCAGUGCCCUCGAUGAGGUUGCCGUACGACUGGCCAACGACGCAGUGUCUGCAAGGAAAUUGAAUGUCCCAGUGGCAUACCACUCUCAUCACAUGCAGCAAGUGGCUGAGAUAUACGAGGAUCGGCUGAACAGUAAAGUCGGCAGUAAAAGCAGCAUUCCAAAAAUCCCAUUCGCCUCACCUGUGACCGGUCGCCUCCUCGGUACCGGCGAAGGUCUUGACGCGAAGCACUGGGUCAAGAACCUCGUUAGUCCAGUCUUAUUCUCCAGCGCCCUAGAAUGCAUGGUGUAUGGGAGCGAUGGGCAGAAGACGCCCAACGGUGCUAGCGAUCACACUCCCUGUGUCGAUGUUCUGCUCGAGAUCGGAGCCCACAAUACACUCUCAGGCGCCAUCAAGGAGACUUUGUCCCAAACACCCAUUCCUUACACCACAUGUUUACGACGAAAUGCAGACGCUGUUAAGACAAUGCAGGCCGCAGCUGGUGAUCUUGUGACAAGAGGCUGUCCCGUCGACCUCUAUGUUGUCAACCACCCGUCGGGGGAAUCUGCCUCCUUCGUUCCAAAUCUACCCACGUACUGCUGGGAUCACCGCAACACAUACACGGUCGAGCCACGCACAUCACACCAGAACCGAUAUCGCCGCUAUCCUCCCCACGAACUUCUAGGAAGCUCUGCACCAGGCACGAAUAGUCUAGUUCCCACGUGGCGCAACUUCCUCCGCACCACUGAUCUCCCCUGGCUAUCUGACCACCAACUUGAGUCCAAGACUGUAUUCCCCGGGGCCGGUUAUGUCUGCAUGGCUAUCGAGGCCGUACGGCAGCUCAAGAUGUCUGCUGGAGCAAAGCAAGAUCCGGCGGCGUACCGUCUGCGCGAUGUCGAUAUUCAGAGCGCCCUUGUGAUUCCUCCGGACGCAACAGGCGUUGAAGUUGUCUUCACGCUCCGCGAUUGUAGCGAUAAGGAGUUGGACUACAGGGGAUGGCACGAAUUUGAGCUGUUCUCCAUUGGUCCAAACGACGCCUGGUCACGACACUGCAUCGGCUUCGUCUCCACCGAAGAUAUAUUGCCUAGUAAGACUACGUUCCCGGGAUCAGAUGAUGCCAUCAAUGGCGUCAGCCCCCACGUUCCAGAGAACCAGGGAGAGGUGGUUGAUGCAGAAGUCGUCUUUGACAGUCUACGGCGGAUGGGUAUAUACCAUGGCCCGACGUUCCGGCACCUGGAUGCGAGUCGUAUCCUUGGUCUAAAAUCUACCACUACGUUUAGACUGUCUGCAGAAGCACAGAAUAAACACAAUGAAUACGUCCUACACCCAAUUACUCUGGACUCCAUCUUCCAGACUUGUUAUUUUUCACUGCCCAGAGAGGCAAGAGAAGGUGCCAUGAUGGUUCCGCGGUCCAUUGGUAGCAUGACUGUCCCACGAGGCCUUUUACCAGAGACUGGUAAGCCUCUAACGUCAACUGUGGAGUUACAACGCUGUCGCAAAGAUGCCGGAAUAUUUGCAGGAACAGUUACCAUGGAGCCGAAGCAUGACCAACUUGGCCUGGCAUUGGAGAUAAGCAACUUCCGUGUGCAGAGGGUCGCCGCCGAUGAGGAGCCCACAGAUAACGUAUUCCGAGCCCAUUCUCAGGCGCGAUGGGAGCUUGACGUGCUUCACCGUGUACCCCAAGCUGUGAAGGAGUCAAUGCAGAUAGCUCUCUCGGAAGCAGAAUUAGCUGAUGAAAGGUCAUAUCGCGAAGCUGCGUAUUACCUAAUGGUUGAAGCGCUUACUGAGCUUCAGUCGGAGGAUUCUGAGACAUGGCAGUCGUAUCAUAAAAGGUACUUCCAAUGGAUGAAGGCCAUCACUGUGGCGGUGGAAACAGGGCAGCUAGAAAACGGACACGGGCUUCGGGCAAGCGCCUGGACUUCAACCUCUCAGACACACCGGGAAACGUUAUUAGACGCCGUGGCCAAGAAGAACGCCGGUGGACGACUUCUCGUGGACAUAGGGAGACAUCUUGCCCAGAUCAUUCGAGGCGAUAUCAACGCAUUGGAAAUUAUGACAGAGGGUGGUCUACUCGAACGCUACUAUGCCGAGACACCCCAGUUCAACCAUACCUAUCAGCACCUGCGAAGGACACUGGAGCUCUAUGCCGUCAAGAACCCUGGUGCAAGAGUCUUGGAGAUUGGCGCUGGUACUGGCGGUGCCACUACGUAUGCUCUGGCAGCCUUUAGUGCGAAAGACGAGAGACGAGCAACGAAGACAUUGGUCGGCCACUACGACUACACUGACAUCUCCAGCGACUUCUUUGCCGCAGCAAAAGAAAAGUUUGCUCAUUGCAGAAGCAAGAUGGAUUUUCGGAAACUGAAUAUUGAGGCCGACCCGAUACAACAAGGCUUUGAUGCUGGAACUUAUGACCUGGUCAUCGCGUCGCAAGUGUUGCAUGCCACAGUCAGCUUGAGAAACACAUUAACAAAUGUGAGAACGCUUCUCAAGCCUGGAGGCAAGCUGAUCUACCUGGAAGGAACACAGCAUAGCAUCAAUUUCGAGCUCAUUUUCGGGACUCUACCAGGCUGGUGGCUGGGUGAAGAGCCCUACCGCCAGAUGAGUGCUAUCGCUAACGUACCGACAUGGAAUAAGGUGUUGCGAUCAAGCGGAUUCACCGGGGUCGAUUUCAACAUUCAGGAUUGCGUGCAUACAGAAGUUCAAGUCAGCAGCCUGAUAAUGAGUACCGCAUUUAAAAUGCCCACAUUCCCCUCUCGCAUCUCUAUCGUUGGAGAUCGAGAUGCUCCACCAAACUGGCAUAGGGAGCUCGCUACCACACUGUACCACAAGACCGGGACAUCGCCACACAUUGAAUUUCUCGAAGAUGUCCAGCCAGAUGAGAAAACUCUGUAUAUCGUCACCGUCGAAAUGAGUAGGUGCCUGGUCAGCUCGAUGGACCAAAAGACCUUUGAGAAAUUACGGCAUCUCUUGGUGGAUGGCAUGGGAAUUCUUUGGGUUGGACGUGGUGGAUUUAUUGAUGCCGAAAAGCCUCAUUGGGGAUCGAUCUCGGGUCUUUUGCGAACGUUACGGCGAGAAGACACGAACAAGCGAUGCGUGCAUCUCGACUUCGACACCAACACGAAUCCUUGGGGUCUAGAAACAGUGCAGCACAUCAUGCAUGUAUUCGAAGAGUCAUUAGACUAUUCCACCACUGACAGUGACAUGGACUGGGAAUAUGCAGUCAAAGACUCGGUGCUGCAUGUCCUCCGAUACUAUCCUGAUGAAGCUCAAGAUGUGGCGAACAGCGGACAAAAGUCCUUGGCCGAGCCUCAGCCGUGGCGCGUACCAGGAAGAGACUUGCAGUAUCAACUGCCCGAGGGAUCCAUUGAUUUGCUCGACCAUAUCGCCUUCCACGAGGUACCUGAUGCAAAUGAUGACCUUCCGUAUGGCAUGAUUGAAAUCGACACCAAGGCCUUCGCACUGAACUUCCAAGAUCUCAUGCUAGCACUAGGCUUUGUGAAGGAAGUGAUGACCCUUGCACACGAAGCUGCCGGAGUCGUUAAGCGCCUGGGCCCUGGAACAGACCGGAGCGGUCUCAAGGUCGGUGAUCGUGUCUGUGGUGCGUUUCGUGGCGGUUUCGCCAGCACUAGCAGAGGAUGGUGGGAGAAUAUGAUCAAGGCUCCAGACGAAUUAUCCUGGGAGGAAGCAGCAGCUUUCCCGAUUGUCCACCUCACAGUGAACAUCAGUCUUGUCUACACCGCACGACUGCAGAAAGGUGAACGCAUUCUCAUUCAUUCCGCUGCCGGUGGUGUUGGUCAGGCUGCUAUUAUGUGGGCGCAGUCUAUUGGUGCAGAGAUAUUCGCAACCUGUGGGACCAAAGAAAAGAACCUCCUUUUGCAGGAAAGCUUUGGUAUCCCAGCUGACCAUAUAUUUUCGAGCCGAAACACCUCUUUCGUAACUGGGGUCAUGAAAGCAACGGAUGGUAAAGGUGUCGAUGUAGUUCUCAACUCCCUAGGUGGACCGCUGCUGAAAGCGACCUGGCAGUGUCUCGCAGACUUUGGUCGGUUUGUCGAAAUCGGCAAAAUCGACUUGCAUGCAGCGAAACGACUCGACAUGUCGCCCUUUGCGAGAAACAUAACUAUGUCUGGAGUCGACCUAAUAGCUUACAGCGAGUUGAAGCGAAUGGUGAUAGCCGACGCUUACAAGGAUAUCAUGAGACUAUAUCAUGCUGGAAAGUUGAGACCGGUUGUUCCCAUCACAACAUUUAGUGUUACCGACAUGGGCAAGGCCAUGAAGUUCAUGCAAGGGGGAACACAUACUGGUAAGUUGGUAAUCCAUGUGGAACCCAACAGUCUCGUCAGUGUAAUUCCUCGUACACCAGUCUUGGAGCUUGAUAAGAUGGACUUCAGCCAUCUGGUCGUUGGGGGUUUGACUGGUAUUGGAAAUACCAUCGUCAUGAGAUUAAUCGAUAAAGGGGCCAAAAAUAUUGUGGCCGUUUCACGUAAUGCCGUUUCCCACCGGAACGCGGCAGCGCUUCGGGAGAUGGCACAAGAGCAUGGCUGUAGGCUGCUUAUCCAGAACUGCGAUAUUGCAAACGAUGAGCAAUUACUUCAACUUGUGCAGGACUUGAGAGAGAAGGACAUUCCACCUAUCGGAGGAGUUGUUCAAGCUGCCAUGGUCCUUGAUGAUACAGUGCUUGAGCGGAUGACAUACGAGCAAUGGCAGAAUGGUGUAAGACCCAAGAUUGCUGGAACGUGGAACUUGCACAAUCUUUUACCUGAAUUGAACUACUUUAUCAUGCUUUCUUCAGGUACUGGCAUAACAGGCAAUCCAUCACAGGCAAACUACGCAGCAGGAAACACAUUUGAGGACAUGCUUGCUCGCCACCGCACCCAAGCCGGCCAUCCUGCACUCUCAAUCGAUCUAGGGGCUGUGGACGACGUUGGAUACGUGGCGGAGCAGGGCGAAGACGUGAUGAAGCGUGUAGGCACAGCAGUAUCGGCCAUUAGCCUCUCUGUGGAUCACGUAAUGCGCCUUGUCGAGGGUGGUAUCACGAAUCCGCUCCGUCGAGAUCAAGCGCAUAGCCAUACCAUCACGUGUUUCCCACAGUAUGCGGCCCUUCCCGAUGAUCGAGGGAUUAAGGGCGACAAACGAUUCGGCACACUGAGGUUAGGCGAUGACGAUAUAUCACCGACCGACAUUCAAUCCCCAUCGGCAAGCCGUGUACAAACGCUCAUUCGAGAGUUUGUUAACACAGGGCCGACUAUGGCCGAGCCAGAAGCCAAACAGCUUGUGCGAGAGUUGUUGUCAGCUGAGAUUGGGGAGCUAUUCAACAUAGACCCAACAGACAUUGAUCCCGCCGUUCCCUUGACACACCAUGGUGUAGAUUCACUGGUCGCUGUGCGAUUCCGCAAUUGGAUCAGCAGUGAGGUCAAGGCGCGGGUCACUAUCUUCGAGAUCUUACAGUCGGCUUCAUUAGUGGAAUUUGCGGGGCUGAUAUGCUCUCGGAGUAGUGUUCUCUCAAGGGUAUAGGAUGCGAAAGCGGCGGGUACUGGGAGAUACUUGGUGAGGGCGAUGUGUGAACGUAUCUUGCGGCGCGAUACGACUGCUUACCCACAAAUUGUGGCUGUUCACAUGUUAUUGGGGAGCUCAGAUAGUGAAAGGUAGGAUUUCUUCUCAACAGCAUUCAUCUCUACUACGUCAUGUAUUAAAUUAGACGGUCUCCAGAUAGUUUGUAAUUGAUACCAGAGUGGAUGCUUGAAUGCAUAGAAGAG